UCUCUGAAAUCACCGCCGGCCUUCGAUGCAUGGUAAAUAGCGAAGUUUCUUUCAGUUCUUUGUCAGCUUAUUUUGUGAGAAUUUUCUUUGGAUUUCAUUUUUAAUCAAUAAAUUGUGGACGUAUUACUAUUAAUGGCCAUUUAACAAUGAAAUUCUUUGAAGGUGAAAACAUAUUUCAGUACUCAUGGUUUCAAGUUGCUCAGGCUUUCUGGUUCCGCUACCCCAACCCAUUUAGCAAACAUGUUCAAACUGAAGAUGUCCUUUAUCGAAAAGUUGAAAGCGGAAUAUUGCAUACCAAGCGUCUACUAACGAAAUCGGUUCGUGUAUCAUAUUUUGGAUAUAAUAUCGCCAUAAAAAAUGAACCCAUUCUCGAAGAAUCGUUUAUCGAUCCCGAAAAUCGAAUAAUAAAAACUUGUACGUGGAACAUUGGUACAGCUGUUGCAAGAGUUAAAGAAGAAUGCUAUUAUAAGCCAAAAGAAGAGAAACAAACUGUUAUCGAGCGAAAAGCAUGGAUUGCGUCAUCGAAGUACUAUUUUCCGGGUAUUAUUGAAAGGUACAUGAUUCGAAGAUUCCAAAAAAAUGUUCAGAAGACUUGCAAAGGACUGGAAUAUGUCUUGACAAAUAUGUAUCCACCUCCAAUGACCGAAAGCAAAUCUAGUUUUCUCGACAAAGAUAAGCUUUGCGAAAAAGCUAGGAAAGCUAAAAAUAUUGCUACGUCCGGCGCUGUGCCAAUAUUUGCAGCUUAUGCUGAUAAACAGAGUUGAAUCGUGUCUAAAUUUAAAAAACAAUGUAUUUUUCCGUAGUAUGAUUGUUAAUAUCACUUUAAAUCGUUAAGUUUUAAAAUAUUUUUCACUUUAAACAUUUAAGAAAUCUUGCAUUUUAACUAAACUGUAAAUUUUUUAUUACAUUUUGUAGGUGUAAACUUUUGAAUCAACUACAGAUGAUUAUUAUUCAAUUUUAUUGCUGUUCGAUGAAUUUCACUAAUAAUGCAUUGUCCAGGAGCUGAUAAGUAACUUGGGCUAAAAAAUGAAACUUGUAAGGUAGUUACAAUUGAAAUAUCUUUUGACUUGCAGGGGAAAAAAAACUUCUCUCUUACACAUACACUUUCUGAAUAUUUUAGGGAUUUUUUUUUAAAGAAAAAAUAUUGUUUUUUCUUUCUUUCUCUUGAAUUUAGACAUUUAAUGUGGUUAACAAGUAAGUAAUCAUUUGAAUUUUUUCAAUUUCACUCAAAUUCAUGUCACAUUAAAACAAGAGUUCUUAACACUUUUAGAUUAUCUGUAGCAAAGACAUGAAAUUUUGUUAACUUUGCAUUUUAAUUAUAGGGACCAUUGUAACACCCAUCAACAUGUAAUAUGAACAUGGUAUUUUUUUUUUUUUGUAAACUUGAUGAAUCUUCAUUGUAAAUUCAAUUUUUGUCUAUUUACGUGUCCAAUUUAACGUAUUGUAUAAUAUCACUGAAUAACAUAAUGAUCCCUAUUGAUAAACUGCUGUGUAUGUGUUACAAAAUAAUGUUAAUUGAGUUCUUAUAUAAUUCACAAAAGCUAAUGCUAGUUAUUGCAAAAUAAACAAACAGUUUCAAAUCCACUCUUGAAUUUGUUACUUGGUUCGCACAGUUUUUUUCUCUGUAGACAGAAAAAAAGAUGUUUUUUUUAUAUUGUUGUUCGUGCACUGGAGCAAAGAUAAUUUUUUAUUCAUUCCAGAGAGUUUUCUGCUGCUAAUUAAGUAAAAAAAGAAUGUAAAAAGUUGCUGCAAGUAAAUUGAUGUGAUGUAGUCUAAAAGCCUUUCUAAAAUUUAGUUUAUGAAUGAUAGUUAUGAUCCUUUCAAUUCUCUUAUUGAAAAUGAAUUUUCAAUGGAAAGAUUUAUGUAUAUGAUUGAAUCAUAACUACUACA